AUGUCUAUACAGCACGGUAAAGAAUUAACAUUAACAACUCCACUAGAUAAUAAUCCAGCACUUGUUCCAUUACAUUCGCACGAUAAACGUCCAGAAUAUUUAAUUUAUGCUGGAAUUGUAUUCACAGUAUUAACCCGCUUUUAUUUAUAUGAAUGGAUUAGCUUAGCACAUAAUGGUGAAUUACAAGAACUAAAUCAACAAAUUGUUAUUAUUAAUCAAAUACUUGUUGAUGAUGUCAAUUAUGGAAUAGAUUCAGACGUUAUAGAUUCUGUAUUAAGAACUGUCAAUAGUAUUAAAAUUAAGAAUAUUAAACAUCUAGCAGAAUUAAUUGAUGAAAUAUCAAAUAACGAAGAUGAUGAUUAUAUUCGAUUUGAAACGGAGUCCAAAAAAUUUGUAGUAAUUUCAUGUAAAGAAGCCAAACAAUCAGAAGCAAGAAUUUUAAAACAAAAUUCAAUAGCCCAAGCAAGAAAUGAAAAUUUACGUUAA